AUGGACUACGAAAUGGAUCUGGAGCCCACGGGGCCUCAAGUCACCGUUCGUGAAGCGGAACCCUACCGCGUCGACUUCCGACUCGGCGCAGUCGAUCUCGCCUUCGCCAAUUCGCUGCGCCGAACCAUGCUGGCCGAGGUGCCGACAGUUGCGCUGGACCUGAUCGAGAUCGAAAGCAACACCUCCGUGCUCCCUGAUGAAAUGCUUGCCCAUCGCCUGGGCAUGGUCCCGCUCAACUCGUAUAACUGCGACCAGGACCUCGAAUACACGCGCGAUUGCGACUGCGAGGACCACUGUGUGCGAUGCAGCGUGACCCUGUCGCUUCAUGCUCGCUGUGGGAGUGGUAUUAUGCCGGUCUAUGCUCGAGACCUUGUUGUUGUCGGGGAGCGCAUGAACGAGACUAUUGGGGACCCGGUCAUUACGGAUCCCGAUAACAAGGGUCCCUUGAUCUGCAAGCUGCGCCGUGGGCAGGAGAUUAAGAUGACCUGUCUGGCGAAGAAGGGGACAGCCAAGGAACACGCCAAGUGGGCGCCCACAGCCGCCGUGGGCUUCGAGUACGACCCGCACAACAACCUGCGCCAUGUGGAUUACUGGUACGAGCAGGAUCCAGCCAAGGAAUGGCCCGCCUCUGAAAAUGCUGCGUGGGAGACCGCAGUCAACCCAGACCAGCCGUUUAACUAUGACGCCGAACCCAACGCCUUCUACUUUGAUGUGGAGAGCAUCGGGAAUUUGGAGCCCGAUAUGAUCAUCCAACAGGGCAUUGUCGCGCUCCAACGCAAGCUGGCCACCACGGUCUCGGUGCUUUCCGGUGAAGGCGAGGAUGGCCACGCCCCGGGCCCCGAGGAUGCGGAGAUGAUGGGUGCCGGGGACCCGGACGCCUACGAGCCUCCCGAGGGAAUCGACGGCAACCUGACCACGUACGGGGGCGGUGCCGCCAGUGCCUGGGGUGCUAGUGCCCAGACUCCGUACGGGGCUACCCCGUAUGGACAGAGCACCUAUGGAUUUUAG